GCGGGGGCCUGGGGCGGCGUGCCACUCCACCGCCUGCUCAGGGGAGCGCGGACUGGCGCGAGGACAAGGCUAAAGACCCGGAAUGAGUUUCCGCGCAGUUCCGCUGGGCCGUGCCGGGCGGUGCCGGGCCGUGCCGAGCCAGAACUGGCGAGAGUGGGGGGCCUGAGUUGCGGUGCCGGGGACAGGCGCUCGGGGCAGCCCGCGCCUUGCCGAGGUCCCUGCCCCGUCCCGGCCGGGCGGGCUUGUCUGUCAGUCACUGGGGCGGAGGCAGCGGCGGUAGCUGGGCUGUAGCGGGGCGGUGAGAACAGCGCGGGCCAGGCCGAACGGAAGGGACCUGCCACAGCCCCUCAACUCCACGGACUCUUCGCCCCAGACUCGCGGAGCUGCAUCUCCGCGCUUCGUCGGACGCCUCCGUAACCACGAAGGGCUCUCUCCCCCGUGACCCUCCAGCCCCAUGACCUCUUCAUAGCACCCGAGAGCUCACCCAGGCGGGGGUGUUGUGGGUACAGGCCAUCGACCUUGUGACCCCUCAAGAGCCAGGGACUUGGUUUCUCCCGCAGGCCUCCCUCCCCAGUGACUCCCUCCACACAGAUUCUGGGGACAGAGCUGUUACCUACCACUAGGAUCCCUGCCUGAGAGCUCCUCGUUGACGGCUCCCUCCUCGGAGUCCCUUUCAUUGGGUCUCCUAAGAGCACCCCUUUUGGCCUCUGGCAAGCCUCCCACCCCCAAACGAGGUGGGGAGGCCUCGGCAGCCAUGCCCGCCCUGGGCUCCCCCUCACCCCACCACUCCCUGGGCACCCAAGCCGGGGUCUAGCAGGGGGCCAGCAGCCAAGGGGCUGGGGCAGGAGACAGAUCAGGGCCCACCUCCCUGCCAGGGAGGGAGCAAAGAUGGAGCGGCGGGAGGAGCAGCCGGGGGCUGCAGGGGCUGGAGCAGCACCAGCCUUGGACUUCACUGUGGAGAACGUGGAGAAGGCGCUGCACCAGCUCUACUAUGACCCCAACAUUGAGAACAAGAACCUGGCUCAGAAGUGGCUGAUGCAGGCCCAGGUCUCCCCACAGGCCUGGCACUUCAGCUGGCAGCUACUGCAACCUGACAAGGUACCAGAGAUCCAGUACUUUGGGGCCAGUGCUCUUCACAUCAAGAUCUCUCGCUACUGGAGUGACAUCCCCACUGACCAGUAUGAAAGCCUAAAGGCACAGCUCUUCACCCAGAUCACCCGCUUUGCCAGUGGCUCCAAGAUUGUACUGACUCGGCUGUGCGUGGCACUGGCCUCACUGGCUCUCAGCAUGAUGCCUGACGCUUGGCCAUGUGCUGUGGCAGAUAUGGUACGACUCUUCCAGGCUGAGGACUCACCAGUGGAUGGCCAGGGUCGCUGCCUAGCCCUGCUAGAGCUACUGACAGUGCUGCCUGAGGAGUUCCAGACCAGCCGCCUACCCCAGUACCGCAAAGGCCUGGUGCGGACCAGCCUGGCGGUGGAAUGUGGGGCUGUCUUCCCGCUGCUGGAGCAACUACUACAGCAGCCCAGCUCACCCAGCUGUGUGCGUCAGAAGGUGCUCAAGUGUUUCUCCAGCUGGGUGCAGCUGGAGGUGCCACUGCAGGACUGUGAGGCGCUCAUUCAGGCUGCCUUCGCUGCUCUGCAGGACUCGGAGCUCUUCGACAGCAGUGUGGAGGCCAUUGUGAAUGCCAUCUCACAGCCUGAUGCCCAGAGGUACGUGAACACGCUCCUGAAGCUCAUCCCGCUGGUGCUGGGUCUGCAGGAACAACUGCGGCAGGCAGUGCAGAACGGGGACAUGGAGACCUCCCAUGGCAUCUGUCGCAUUGCUGUGGCCCUGGGCGAGAACCACUCCCGGGCCUUGCUGGACCAAGUAGAGCACUGGCAGAGUUUCCUGGCACUUGUCAACAUGAUUAUGUUCUGCACAGGCAUCCCUGGCCACUAUCCGGUCAAUGAGACCACCAGCUCCCUAACCCUCACCUUCUGGUACACGCUGCAGGAUGAUAUUCUAUCCUUUGAGGCAGAGAAGCAGGCUGUAUACCAGCAGGUGUACCGGCCAGUCUACUUCCAGCUGGUGGAUGUGCUUCUGCACAAGGCCCAGUUCCCUUCUGAUGAGGAAUAUGGAUUCUGGUCCUCAGACGAGAAGGAGCAGUUCCGAAUUUACAGGGUGGACAUCUCAGACACGCUCAUGUAUGUCUAUGAGAUGUUGGGGGCCGAGCUGCUCAGCAACCUCUAUGACAAGCUGGGUCGUUUGCUCACCAGCUCAGAGGAGCCCUACUCCUGGCAGCACACAGAGGCCCUCCUCUACGGCUUCCAAUCCAUCGCAGAGACCAUUGACGUCAACUAUUCUGAUGUGGUGCCUGGGCUCAUUGGCCUCAUCCCACGGAUCAGCAUCAGCAACGUGCAGCUGGCAGACACUGUCAUGUUCACCAUUGGAGCUCUGUCUGAAUGGCUGGCUGACCACCCCGUCAUGAUCAACAGUGUUCUGCCCCUGGUACUGCAUGCCCUAGGCAAUCCUGAGCUCUCUGUCUCUUCUGUGUCUACCCUCAAGAAGAUCUGCCGAGAGUGCAAGUAUGACCUGCCUCCCUAUGCUGCCAACAUCGUGGCCGUGUCCCAGGAUGUGCUGAUGAAACAGAUCCACAAGAGGCCCGUUUUCCUUCUUACCCCACAACUAGAUGUGGCCAGGACUGACCAUCCAUGUUCUGCCCCACAGACAAGCCAGUGCAUGUGGCUGAUGCAGGCGCUGGGCUUCCUGCUGUCAGCUCUUCAAGUGGAGGAGAUUCUUAAGAACCUGCACUCGCUUAUCUCACCCUAUAUCCAGCAACUGGAGAAGCUGGCAGAGGAGAUACCCAAUCCCUCCAACAAGCUGGCCAUUGUUCACAUCUUGGGGCUUCUCUCCAACCUCUUCACCACAUUGGACAUCAGUCAUCAUGAGGAUGAUCACGAAGGCCCUGAGCUUCGGAAGCUGCCAGUGCCACAGGGACCCAACCCCGUGGUGGUGGUGCUGCAGCAGGUCUUCCAGCUUAUCCAGAAGGUGCUGAGCAAAUGGUUGAAUGAUGCCCAGGUUGUGGAGGCGGUGUGCGCUAUCUUUGAGAAGUCUGUUAAGACGCUGCUGGAUGACUUUGCCCCCAUGGUGCCACAGCUGUGUGAGAUGCUGGGUCGGAUGUACAGCACCAUCCCCCAGGCCUCUGCUCUUGACCUCACUCGACAGCUGGUCCACAUCUUUGCUCAUGAGCCUGCCCACUUUCCCCCAAUUGAGGCCCUCUUCCUGCUCGUCACCUCCGUCACACUCACUCUCUUCCAGCAAGGGCCCAGGGAUCAUCCUGAUAUUGUUGAUUCAUUUAUGCAACUCCUGGCACAGGCUCUGAAGCGGAAGCCAGAUUUGUUCCUGUGUGAACGAUUGGAUGUCAAAGCUGUGUUCCAGUGUGCUGUGCUGGCCCUCAAGUUCCCUGAGGCACCUACUGUCAAGGCCUCCUGUGGCUUCUUUACAGAGCUGCUGCCUCGGUGUGGGGAAGUAGAGUCUGUGGGAAAGGUGGUACAGGAAGACGGUCGUAUGCUGCUCAUAGCAGUGCUGGAGGCCAUUGGGGGCCAGGCCUCCCGCAGCCUCAUGGACUGCUUUGCCGACAUCCUGUUCGCCCUGAACAAGCACUGCUUCAGCCUCCUGAGCAUGUGGAUCAAGGAGGCCCUGCAGCCACCUGGUUUUCCCUCUGCCCGCCUCAGCCCUGAACAGAAGGAUACCUUCAGCCAGCAGAUCCUUCGCGAGCGAGUGAACAAGAGGCGGGUGAAGGAGAUGGUGAAGGAGUUCACACUGCUGUGCCGGGGUCUCCAUGGCACAGAUUACACAGCUGACUACUGAGGGGUGCCCCCAUCCCACCCACCCCUUCUCUUCACCCUUCCCUAUCCCCAAAGAGUAAACCUGGACCCUCACUGCUGUCUCUGCCUCCUUUCUGCUGCCACCACCACCUAACUGAAAGCCUGGGUCCAGAAGGCCUGGGGGAAGGAUGGGAGGAUGCUUGGACCAGGCCUGAGAGGGAACAGUAGGAACACCCUCUAGCUCCCAGGUUGGAAGAGAUAUUGCUGUAGCCAAGACACCUAGGCUGGAGCCCUUCAGAAUACUGCCAUUGCCCUUGGGGUGGGGUGGUUGCACUAGUGUCAUCAACCCCGCCAUCCCCAUUAAAUUAGUCCCAACAUGCA